CGAUAUCUAUUCUCAUGGCUGGUCCGAUCGAUACGGCGGCCGCCGCCUUCAACAAGUUCGUUAUCAUAUGCUUUCGUAUCUACCAAUUGGUGCUUGCAAAGAUCCUUUCGCCAGACCCUCCUCCUCCCGGGAAGAAGUUGCAAAGACCUCGUAUCGCUAUUGUAGGAGCUGGACUCACAGGUGUCUCCGCCGCUGCCCACUGUGUCGGCAAUGGUUUUGAUGUUCACAUUUUCGAGGCAGGCCCUCGCGAACAUCUGGGAGGCAUCUGGGCAAAAGUAAACAAUACCANNGUCAUGUAUCGCUUCUUCCCCACGGUCUUCUGGAGCAAAGGGUAUCCGAAUCGCAAAGAAAUCGUUGAUCAAGUUGAAAAGGUCUGGAAGACGUACAACCUCGAAGAAAAGACUACAUUCGACCACAAGGUCGAGUCGGUCAAGGAAGACGACAAGGGUCGAUGGAUCAUAAACGGCAAUUCGAACGAGAAGUUUGAUGGCAUCAUUGCCGCAAUUGGCAGUUGUGGUGAUCCCAAGAUGCCUUCUAUGCCCGGCCAGGACAAGUUCAGAGGAGAAAUAUACCAUUCUAGCGAACUCGAUGGAAAAGACGUCGAAGGCAAGACCGUCCUCAUCAUCGGUGGCGGCGCCAGUGCCAUUGAGGCCAUGGAGUUCACCACCAAACAAAAGGUCAAGAAAGUGAAGAUCCUCUCGAGAUCUGAGAAGUGGAUUAUCCCUCGCAACCCUGUGAUAGACAUGCUUCUCUCUUUCAACAUCUUCGGACAAGAGACCAUCUUCUCGUGGAUCCCGGAGAAACUUCUAAGAAAGUUCUUCUACCGUGAUCUGGCAGACAUUUCACCUCCACCUGGUUCGGCUGGUCUGUUCGAGGAGACGCCUAUGGUCAACAACGAUGUCUUGGAGCAGAUUCGAUCCGGGACUGCUUCCUGGCUACGUGGCGACAUCCUGGAAAUAGAAGAGAAUGGCAUCAGAUUCAAUCGCCGUCAACAAGGUGUACCCAAGAACGGCCCUGGUUACGAGAAGGUAGAGGAAGGUGAAGUCAUCAUCAUGGCAACAGGGUACAAGCGUCCUAGCUUGAGCUUCUUGCCCGAAGAGUGUUUUACUGAGCCCUACUCUGCUCCCAAUUGGUACGUCUCUCUUUAUCCCUUCAUCGNNUAUCUCCAAACCUUCCCUCCUCAACACAAAUCCAUCUGUGCCAACAAUUGCACAUACGUCGGUGGAAUUGGUACGGUUGGAAACUUCCACAUUGGCAUUUACACUCGUAUCCUGCUCAUGUUCCUCCUUGAUCCACUCACCCGACCAUCGACCUACUGGAUGCAAUUCUGGGUCGACAUGACACGAUGGCUCAAAGCUCGGGCUCCUACCGGCGCAUUCGACUUCUUCACCUACAGUGAACUGUUGUGGUGGUUCUUCUUUUGCGUGAGCAUCAAUCCGUUUCGAUGGAAGUGGGCCAUCUUCGUGUUUACUGGCGUAGGCAUUGGACUGCCCCUGAAAGUCGUUGACAAAGAGGACAAGAUCAGAAAUGGACUCGGUAGGCCAGCUGAUCACAAGACGCAUACAUAC